UCUCCGCGCGGCAGACGAUCUGUGUGUCUCCGGGUGGGGCCGCAGUUUGAACACGACUCGGACGCUUCGUGACUUUAUGGAGGAUUUGUCCGGCUCCUCUGAGGCUGCACCGCGAACACGUCAUCGGGCUUGAGUCACAGUUUGAGAGUUUGAAGUGUGAGUUGUGAGCUGCUGGACCAGCGUAGACCAGAGUCAUGGCCUCUGGGAAGAACAAGAACCAGACGUCCCUGGUCCUGCACAAGGUGAUCAUGGUGGGCAGCGGCGGCGUGGGAAAGUCCGCCCUCACCCUGCAGUUCAUGUACGACGAGUUUGUGGAGGACUACGAGCCCACGAAGGCCGACAGCUACAGGAAGAAGGUGGUGCUGGACGGCGAGGACGUUCAGAUCGACAUCCUGGACACGGCGGGACAGGAGGACUACGCCGCCAUCAGAGACAACUACUUCCGCAGCGGAGAGGGUUUCCUGCUGCUGUUCUCCAUCACGGAGCACGAGUCCUUCACCGCCACGUCCGAGUUCAGGGAGCAGAUCCUGCGGGUGAAGGAGGAGGAGGCCAUCCCGCUGCUCCUGGUGGGGAACAAGUCCGACCUGGAGGAGCGGCGCCAGGUUUCUGCCGACGAGGCCACGGCGAAGGCCGGCGAGUGGGGGGUGCAGUACGUGGAGACGUCGGCGAAGACGAGAGCCAACGUGGACAAGGUUUUCUUUGACCUCAUGCGGGAGGUUCGCAAGAAGAAAAUGGCGGAGAGCAAAGACAAGAACGGGCCGAGCGGCAAGAAGAAGAAGAAGCGCUGCUGCAUCCUUUAACCUCCAGGAGACAAAGAGCCAAACGUCCCACCUGCACCGAGCAGCGGCUCCACGUCGGCAAAGUGUCGACUCGAAAUCUCUGGAUGCUCGUCUGCUGCUUUAUUUUUACUACAUCAAAAUCUAUUUUUCUCCAAAUGUGUAAAAUCCAAACUAAACAAAGCGCCAGUGACGAGUUCACGUUUCACUUUCCACCGGAGGAUUCUCACUUCCUCUGUCACGUCUGAUGUGAAGUUGCUGCUUCCUCUUUCGUCGACUAGUCAAAAGAGCCAAAAGUAUGUGGACGCAUUUUUCUCCAGUUUUCUCACAGUCCAGUUGGUCCCGAGGUUUUGAGGUUUUGAGGUUUUGAGGUCGAGGGCCGAUCGAAGCUUCCUCCUGGGACACGUCUGUUCGAGGAGCUGCUGUGUGCACGAGGCCGGCGACAAAUUAACACAGAGCCAAUCACGAGAGGUCAUUUAGUCUUCAUUCAGAGGCUCGAACGUCUCGUCGGAAAUAAUCUAAUCAUCUAAUAUUUCAACAGAGUAAAGGGAAGAACCUUGUGAGUCAAUAAAUAGAUAAAUACAAAUAUCACAGCAUUGUGUUGUUGUGUUCAUCUCCUCAUCUUUUCUCUGCUGUCGACAACCAGGUGACACACGAGACGUGUCCACAUACUUUUGGCCACGAUGUGUUAUUUUCCUGCAGAAACAAACAAUCAAACAACGUAAAGUCCCAGGAAACCGUUUGUUUCCGACGUGGAAACAAGUUUCUCGAUCCUCGACGCAGCUCGACGGAGAAAAACAGAUCCUGAUGAUGUUGAUGAAAGAGAUUUGUGCCUUAACAUGUUUCCUGUCCUUUAAUUCUUCUUCACCUUCUUCUCUCGUCCGUCAGAAGCCAAACUGUUUAACUUUUUCUUUUCUCACGUUUCUGAUGCUAGCGACACUCCGUUUGUAUGAAACUUUAUCGUCCACUCCCUGACGAACACCAGUGUAAUUUAUAAUCAAAGGGAUUCUUCUGUUCCAAUCACUUCCUGUUGUAUUUGUGACGCCUGUGGUUUGAAGGGGACGCUGUGUGUGUUUGUGUUGGUGUGUGUGUGUGUGAGACCACAUUUCAUUUGAUAAUAAAAGAAAAGACGCAUUGAUCACUGA